AUGAAGGUGACGGUGUGUUUUGGAUCUGUGCGAGUGCUGGUACCAUGCGGUGCCGGCGACUUAUUGGUCAGGGACCUCGUACGGGAAGCCACACACCGAUAUAAGAAAGCUACCGGACAGGGUCCGGAAACAUGGGUAGGUGUAAGGGCACUACGCGCCAGCUCCGGCGGCAUUCUGGAUCCAGACGACCGCGUGUGCGAUGUGGCGGAUGACCGAGAAACACUGACGGCUGAAUGUACAAGUCAGACACCACAGCCAAGAGCGGCGCAAGCCGAUGGUGCCAGCGGCUCUUCGGCCGGUACCGCUUCGCCGGAUAUGUUUCGAGGCGGCGGCAGCGUGGGCGGCAGCAUGCGGGUCGGCACCACGGAGUCGUGCGUGGAGGUGGGGGCUGGGGAGCUGGAGGACGGCGUGAGCGGGCUGCAGGUGCGGCGCGGCAGCGAGCCCACGCUGCACCAGGACACGAUGCCGCAGCAGAGACAGGUAACGGAUCAAACGAAGCGCUGGUCGGCUGCGGUGGUGUGCCGCGACGACAGCAGUCGCGUCACGCACAAAGUGCACCCGCUGCCCGACGCCGGCCCGGAGCGCCACGCGCACGCACAACACUUUCAACGCCAAUCCAAUCGACUGUCCAUGCAGUUCUCGGGACCUGGAAGCGGUGUUUGGUUAGAUGCGGCUGAACGAGUACAAAUAUACGGCAGCAAAAGUCUUCCACGAGAUGCUAGAAGGGAACCUCUAGGACAGGAUACGCCUGUAGAUACCCAUCAAAGUCACAGAGUUGAGGACAUGCUCCGAUGGGUAUCGGGAGUCAACAAUGUCACAAGCGUGCCUUCAGGACAAGAACGUCCGUUAGACCUUCACCAUGAAGUAGGCAGCAGCGAGCGUGCAAUAUCAGGACUAGAAGUUCCAGUGAGUCCGAGUAGUAAGGCAGUAAGUGGUGCGACGCAAACCGUGGCCGUGACUUUAGUGAAGGGCGAAAAAGGCCUCGGUUUUACCAUUACUACGAGAGACAACCCUACAGGUGGACACUGUCCAAUCUACAUAAAAAAUAUUUUGCCCAAGGGAGCAGCAGUAACAGAUGGACGUCUGAGAGCCGGCGAUAGAUUAGUGUCGGUCAACAACGUGUCCGUAUCAGGCCUCACGCAGCAACAAGUAGUCACGUUGCUACGAAAUACGCCCACCGACUCCACUGUGGAUAUUGUGGUUGAAAGGAGCGUACCGAACAGGACACAGAGGGUAGAGCCCCAACAGAGUCCAAACAAAUAUGCAGAAAAAGCUAUAGGAUCUACGACAAAAUCAGUCGAUGCUAACAAUCAGCCUGAGAAUGGCCGUGUGUCGAGCAUAGUUAAUGCCAUCAACCAUAAUCAAAACACUAACAGUUCUAUGAGAGGGCGGAUACCAAAAAGCUCAUCCAAAGAUGACCUUUUAAAUAAAGACCAGGGUGUGGAUUCGCCUGUACAAGAGGCUUUAAAUUCGUCUUCCAAUUCUAUACCGGGACUCCGUAAUCGUCUAAUACUUCAACUAGACGUUCCUGUUCACGAUUCUGAGAAAGCUGGCCUAGGUAUCAGCGUGAAGGGGAAAGUCACGGUGGGCUCAGAUCCUCAGGAUUUAGGAAUAUUUAUCAAGUCUGUAUUGCACGGCGGCGCAGCAUCACGAGAUGGGAGGUUGCACACGAACGACCAGCUGGUGAGCGUGAACGGCGUGUCGCUGGUGGGGCAGAGCAACGCGCAGGCCAUGGACACGCUGCGGCGCGCGCUGCUGCACGCGCGCCCCAACCGCAGCGGCAGCAUCUCGCUCACCGUCGCGCGCCGCACCGACAGCAUGGACAGUCUCGCCAGGUGGAAGGACGAAACUCCGCCCAACGGCAACGAUACGACCAAUUCAAAUGAUAACAGCAACUCGCAGAACUUUAAUACGAUCAUAUACAAUGCAGUCGAUAAAGAAAAUAAGCCAGAUUACACACAGAAGUUUGAAGUUAACCAAAAAGAAGUAGGCAUCGACAACCACAAUGGAAGAAGUAGUAAGAAGCACGCAUCCAUCGUAACUAUAAACAAUAAUAACAGUUGGGUAUCUAACCAAUCGGACGACAGUAAAGGAUAUUUAGAAAGAGACAAAGAUAGUGUACCCCAUGAUACUAAGAGAGACAGCUUCGAAUGGAGUCGAUUGGAUGGAUGGAACCCAGUAAUAGACAGACUGACGGGACUUAGGAACGAGAGUUACUACAUGGCGACGCAAAUGGACGGAGCCGUGCCAAAUGGUCAUCAUUUUCGGCAGAACGUAGGCCAUGUUCAUAUGGCGCGGUCACCACCAGCCCACCAUAAUGUUAUUAUAGAAGAGGACUAUGGGACGACGAGGGGCGGCGAGUCGGGCAGCGAGAGCGGUGCGGGGGGCGCGGGCGGCGCGGGGUUCAGCCGCGACGCGGUGGGGCGCCGCUCCAUGUCGGAGAAGCGGCACGCCGCGCUCGACGCCAAGCAGACCGGCACCUACAAGAAGAUCAAGGAGACCAAGGCCGCCGGCGCUAUGCAAGUUGGACCGUCGUUAGGGAUGCGAAAAUCUUCGAGUUUGGAAUCUCUACAAACAGCCAUACAAGAAACUCAAAAGAAUCCACGCAAUGAGCCCUUAUACGCUAGAGCACAUCCACCGCUAAAACAUUGGUUAACGGAUGAUAAUAACGCUCCUGAGCAUAUCAUAAGAGGAUCGCCGCAACAAUCGUCUCUAUCACAUAAAAAACCAUCACUAUUGAAAUCAUUAUCAACAAUGUUUAGAAUUGGCAAACCCCACAAGAAAAACGAAAAUGAAGGGUACGGAAGAUCGCAACCUGGACGAUCUUCGGAAAAGUCUCUUUCAAGAGAAGCACUCGAUAGGCACAACAGAAUAGACGAGAGGAUAGAAGAUUCUAUCCCACCGCCGCCCCAAAGAGAGGAGUCCAGCCGGUCGCGACAGAGCAGCAGUGAACGCGGCUCGCGGUCCGACAAGCGAGCGCACGCGCCGCCCUACCGCGCCCCGCCCGCGCGCACCGCGCCCGCGCACCACGCACACGCAGCAGACUCGGCGUGGGGUCCUUCCGGUCUUUAUGUAAAUUACGAAGAAAUUCAAAACUUUAACGCACGGCGCGAGAAACUGAGCGAGGUGCAAAUUGGGCAAAUGAGGCUACAGAUGAACGCACAGAGAGCAAAGGCUGAAGAGGAGAGUCGUCGGGGCGCAGCGGGUGGCUAUCACUCGCAGCGCUCCUGUAGGGAGGGAGGCCAGCGGCCGCAGUCCAACUACUACGAGUACGAGAGCGCGCCGCCCAGGAGACCCGGAAAACUUUCACACUAUCACUGA